AUGUUAUAUAGGAUUAUUGAAAAGAUAUACAAACAAAUUCCUAUAAAGUAUUAGUAACGACUAAAGGAUUUAGAAUUAGAAAAUCUUCAAAAUAUGAGAGUAAUCAAUUUUAAAUAUUUAGAUUGAAAUUACAAAUGGCAUUGUUUAAAAAACCUUUAAUUAUGAAGUUUUGACAAACUAAAUUCAUUUAAUCUAAGUAUAUCUUAAUUUUAACUAGACAUCAACAGUAAUUAAGGAAACAAUUCGAAUUUUAUUCAAAUUAGAAACACUUCCAAUAUAUCCUUUAAUAUAUUUGAUUAUAUUACCAGAUAUGUUGAAAUCAGAAUUCUACAUCAUUAUAUAUACAAUACUUUGUUUGAUUCUUGAUUUAUUAAUCUCGUUUCUUUUGCUAUUUUAUGUAUUGAAAGAGAGAUGGAAAUUUGAGGAAACUAUUAAUAAAUAAGAAUGCAGAAUAUUAUCUCCAAUUGAUCAAUUAUUAUAAACUUAAAACUAAUCACCCUCAUAAAAGAUUGAAUGGUAAAAAUUAAAAGUUGGUUAAAUUGUAUGUCUAUUAAAAGGUGAAAUGAGUCCUGCAAAUAUUUUAAUAUUAGAAUCAAGUCAAUAGUAAGUGUUAGCUGAUUAUAUUAUUAAAUAUCCUUGUCCAUGUACUUUUGUUAAUUAAGCUUCUAAAACUAAAGGAAUAAUGACAAAAUUCUUAAUUAAUUUAAGUGGUUGGAUUCAAUUUUCAACUUCUCAUAAAGGUACAAUUAAGUUAAAGAAUGAUCCUAAGGCUACUUAAUUUACUGAUGAAAAUGUGAUUUAUAGAGGAUAAAUAUUAAAUUAAACAGAUUGGAUUUUUGGAAUUGCAAUCUAAGUAGGUCAUGGUUGUUUUCAAUAAAGAGAUAGAUUUUAUAAUUGGAAUCAUUAUAAUUAGAAUAGUUUCUUUAUAUUUUUAAUGACUCUCUUGAUAUUUAUUAUCCUCAUAAUACCUAAAUUAAUUUAUGUAUCCAAUUCUGAAAUUUCUACAUAUUCAAAUGCAAUUAUAAUCUGCCUUUUGUUAUUUCCAUAAAACUAUUUCCUUAUUAAUUAAGUUUGGCUUUUAAUCUAAUCAAUAUAAACAAGAUCCUUUCAAACGAAAUAAUCAAAAAUACUUUCAACUAAUAUUUAAUAACAAGGAUAAAACAAAUCAGAAUCUAUCUUAUAAGAAUAUGAAAAAAAAGUCCUUGUUUAACUCUAAAAAAUUGCAUCAGUCAAUACUUCACUUGUGAGCCUUCCUUAAAUUAAAAAAAACCCAAAUCAAGAUUUAAUUUAUUUGUUUCAUUAAUUAAGUAAUCAGACUAUAAUAGAGUUUAUUAAAACUGAUGUUGUGGUUUUUGAAAAUCCUUAGAAACUUUUAAAGAAAAAUAUAAGAGUUUGCAUGCUCUUUCAUGAUAAAUGUAAAUAUUACUUCAAUUAUGAGAAAUUGUAAGCUAUUAUUGAAAAAACAACUCCAAGAUAAAAAAUUAAUUAUGAAAAAUUAUUACUUGAUACAAACAGAUUUUCUGCUUAUGAUGAAUAAAAAACAUAAGACAUAGAUUUAUUAUUAGCAGAAAAACAAUAACCUACACUAAGAGUAAUAGAGGAAAAGAAGUCUUUUUAAAAAAUUGGAUUUUUAAAAGAUUAAUCCAAAAUUAAUUAAAUUUAAAAAGAAAUGAAAGACUCAAAAGAUUUAAAAAAAUCAGGAGGAGAACAAAAGAUGAAUCCUUAUAGUUCUUUCAGAAAAUAAAGUGCUCGGAAUCUAUUUUAAUCAAAUAUGUUAGCCUAACAAUAACAAAAAGAACAGCAUUAUUAAUAACCAGUAGUAAAUAAUGGCAGUUUCAUAGCAUAUUAAAAUUCCCCAAAAAUUUAACGAUAAAAAAGCAACUCUCAUUUAUCAUAGACUAAUGUUUUAAAUAAUUAAAAAUCUGUUACUGGAUCUCUUAAAAACAUUACUCCAACUUAAUAGGAUUAAAGUAGUGAUUAAAUUGUUGGGGAUAUAUAUAGUGAAUAAGAUUUCAUCAAUAAACUUUUAAAUAAAUCAGAUGUUGUAUCAAAUGAAAUUUUGAUUAUGCUUUUAUUAUGCAAUAAUGUAGAAAGUGUUUAUGACAAAGAAGAAAAAAAGAUAGAAAAUAUAUAUAAAAAUACAUUUGAUAAAUCUAUUUUAGACUUUGUAAAAAUUUUUGAUUAUAAAUUUAUUUCUAGUGCUAUUAUAGAUAAUUAUAAGAUUGAAUAUAAACAAGAUUAAAUCACCAAAAAGGCUAUAUCUAUUUAAGGAGUGAUUAAAGUUUUUGAUAUCAUUGCUACUCUUCAUCCUACUGAAAAUAGAUCUGAUACCCUAACCAUUUUAGUUAAAGAUCCUGAGUCUUUUGAAUUAGAAGAAGGUGUAUUAUUAUAUACCAGAAUUGUUGCUAAUGAUUCAAAUUCUAAAGAUGAAAGACUUCCUUUCAUUAAUGAUAUUAUAGAUGAUAUGUUUUGGGAUGGAUAAAAAUCAAUUAAAUAUUAUAAAAAAUAAUUAGAUUCUUUAUAAACUGAAUAAUUUUUAACUAAACUUAAUACAAUUAAUGAAACUUAUGGUAAUAGAGAAUAAGAAUUAGAUUCAUUAUACUAAUAAAUUGAAAGUGAAAGUGAAUUGUUGUUUGUUAUUGGCUUGAAAUAAUUCAUUCCUCUUAAAAAUUAAUUAGUAUCUUAAGAAAUAACUAAUAAUUAUCUAAAUCCUGAUAAAUUGUUUCAGACUCUAUAAAAAUAUAACUAUAAAUCUUGCUUUUUAAUGGAUACAUAUGAAGAUUUAAUUUCAUUUUUGAGAACAUAUCAUAUAACAGAAAGAAAGUCAAUUGAACAUUUCAUUGAACCCAAUACUAUACAAUUUAAAUUUAGAUAGUUUAUAUAAAAUAUUGUUGAAAAAUAAAAUAUUUUUGAAGUUUAUUAAUAGAAAAUUGUGGAUAAUUUUUUGAUUAUUAAUGAUCAAACUUUAGAAGCAAUAGUGAAAGAUGAUUAUUUAAAAUAUCACUUUGUUGUUCUUUUUUAUUUUUCAUAAGGAAUUGGAGCAUAUGGAUUAGAUGAAAAACAAAAGGGGAAGUUCUUAAAAUUAUUAUAAAUAACUGAAAGAUAUAUUACUUCUAUUGGACCUGGAUUAGAUAAUCAAUACUUCUUUUACAAAUCUAAUUAUUCAUUUAAUGUAGUACAAUAAGAUCCUUAAUGUACUUUAUCAAAUCCAAAUUUUUUGAUAUAAAAAGUUGAUCAAUUGUUUAAAUUGCUAUUUUAUUAUUGUCCAACAAGUUAUUUAAAUUAUGAAUCUAUUAUUUUAAUUUAAAUAUACAGAAGUUUUCUUUUUGGAUUUACUUCUUAUAUUAUAGAUUAUUAAAAUAAUUUUAAUACUUUAGAUGAAUUAAUUUUAUUUUAUUUAUUUCCAAGUAACAUUGUGACUUGUUUGUUGAAUUAUGAAACUUUUGUUAUUCAAAGAAAAUUUGAUAAUAAUAAUUUUGAAAUUUAUAGAAAAACAUUAGAAUUAAUUAAAUAAUAAAAUAUUUACAUAAAAAUAAUUAAGAUAAUAUUUGUAGCAUUAUUAGAUUCAAUUUUAGUUGAAAUAUGCUUUAAUAUAUUUGACAUAACUUAAACAUAAGAAUUAUAACAUUAUUCACUUUUUAUUUACUUGAUAAUAGAAUUGGUUGAAAAAUAGAAAUAUCUAAUUUCAUUUUUUAAUUCUUUUUAUGAGAAUGUUAAAAUGUUAAAAUUGAUUUUUUCAUUUAUCAUUUUGAUAUUUCUUUUAAUAUUGGUAUAUGCAUUAAUAACAAAUGAUAUUUUAUAUCAAUUUUCAUAUUUGAAUUUUACAUAUUGGAUAUUUGGAUUGAUUUUCUCAGUAGUAAUUUCAUUUGUAUUUUAAGAAGUAUUAAUAUUGACUGAUUUUAAUCUGUCUAGCCCUUAAGAUAUAAGUUUUCAUUCUGAAUAUUAAGUGGAAAUAGAGAAGAUAAAUUCAGUUUUAAAAUAUUUGAAUGUUAAUAUAAAUCAUAAAAAUUAACCUAAGAAAUUUAUAGAGAAAUUAUUUUAAGGGAAAGAUUUUAUGGAUGAAUUGCUUGUUAAAAAGAUUAAAGGAGAUUAAUAAAUGACUGAUUAGAUGGAGAAAGAUUUAAAAUUUACAGACAAAAGAACUGAGAAAGAUUUUUAAAAUUCAUUAAAGCCAUAAAAAUAUUAUAUCUAUUUAAUUUAUGAGAUAGCCAUAUUUGGAAUAAGAGUUUAUUAAUAAAUAAAUAAUCUUAAUAUUUCAUAUUUAGUCAUAUCUAUCAUUUAAUUUGUAUCAAUGACUUUGAUACCAUUAAUAAAAGUGUCAAAAUAUUAACCAAUCUUUCUAUUGUGUUUGAGAUUUAUAUUCUUUGUCAUUUUACAUAGUUUAAUGGAUACAAAAUUAAUAGAAACUUAGAUGUUUAUAAUAGGUUUUUCUAUAAGUCAUCAUCCAUUAUUAGGUAUUUAUGGUUAUUAUUGUGUUUGUAUAAUUUCAAUAUUAUUGGAUGUAGUGAUGGUAGGAGUAUUUAAUAAUGGGAAUCCUUUUUAUAUUUUGAAUCAUGGUUUAAUAAUUAUAGAAAUGUGUAUACCUUUAGUAUUUUAAAUAUAUAAAACUGAAUUUCUAUAGAGAUACUAAUAUAUCUUAUAAAACAAACUUUUAGAUGAAUAUAAGAAAUUGAAUGAUGCUUUAGGAUUGUUAAUGCCAAGAUUUAUUAAGGAAAGGAUGUCAAAAGGAUAAAUAUAGAUUUCAGAAGAUUAAGGAGAUGUUGCAAUAUUAUUUUGUGAUAUUUAUGAUUUUGAUGAUAUUAUUAAGAAUGAAUAAAUAAGAGUUGUAGAUUUUUUGGAUAAUUUAUAUCGUUAAUUUGAUUAGUUUUGUUAAGCAAAUGAAUUAUAAAAGAUAGAAACAGUUGGUAAAACAUAUAUGGCAGCAGGUGGAUUAAAAGAUUAUAAUAUAUCUGAUAAUCUUAAUCCAACAGAGAGAAUUUUGGAUACUGCUAUGUAAAUGUUGGAAAGUGUAAAAACUAUGAAAUAUGGUGAUAAUAAAGCAGUCAUAUUGAAAAUAGGAAUUCAUUAUGGAAGAGUCAUAGCUGGUGUGAUUGGUGCACAUAAACCUCAAUUUUCACUUAUAGGUGAUACUGUUAAUACUACUAGUAGAGUAUGUUCUACAUCAGAACCAGGUAUCAUUACUCUCAGUUAGCAAGCCUAUGAAAAAGUAAAUAAUUAAAAAAAUCAAUUUAAAUUGAGAGAAGUUGAAGCCAAAGGUAAAGGUACUAUAAAUACCUAUUAACUUAUUAAAACAAGUAAAAAAAAGUAAUAAACAACUAUCAAAAUGGCAGAUGAUGUUGCCAAAUCACCAAAUUGUCAUACUCCAAAUCAAAUUUUUAAAAAAAUUUAAGAAAAUCUUUACACUAAAAAAAAAACCAUUUUAAAAAAAGUUUCUUUUAGUGAAGAAAGACAAGAUUUUGGAAAUCCCUUAACAAUUCAAAAUACAAUUGCUAAUGGGAAAUUAACUACUAAUUUAGCUCCUUUAGCUGUUUAACCUCUUAUUAGAGCUAGUUCAAGAUCUAUAUUCAAUUCAUCUUAUUAAAUGGGAAUUAAUCUAAAUAAUGAAUAAGAAUAAGAAAUUAAUAAUAUAAAUGCUAUGAAUAAUAAUAACAUUCUAAAUAAUACUAUUAAUAAUACUUUAAAAGAUGAUAGAGACAAAAAUAAAGUAGAAUAAACAAAUAUUAAUAAUAUUUAAGGAGAUGGAUUAAAAUCUAGUAUUCCUUUAGGAGGUUAUGGUACAUAAGGUGCAUAUAGUAAAAGAGUUUCUAAUCUUGCUAUGGAAUUAAAUCCUAUGAAAUCAAGAAGAUCUAUUUAUAAGAGAGCAGGUACUAAAACAAAUAUUGGUGAAGAUCCAAUAUUGAAUAUGCCUAUUGGUGGAGGAUAAAAAAUGGCAGAAAGUGUUAGAGUUGAAUUAUAAAAUAUUAAAAGGAAAAGAACAAGAGUUAUAGCAGAGAAUAAAUUAGAUUUUAUUGAAAAACAUGAUUCUUAAUCUGCUAACAAAUCACCAAAAGAAUAAAGAAAUGUAUAAAAUAUGGAUGAAUUAGAAAUUAGAAAAUUGAUUAAUAUAGAAUAAAGUUGUUAUUAAAAUUAAUAUGAUCUAAAAAAGAUGGAAGAAAAAGUAGAAAUUGAAAAAUAUGGUAUUUAAGAAUCUGAUUAUUAAAGUGAGAAUCAUCAUCUUUAUUUUACUAUAUAUGAAUAAUAUAGAGAUUAUAAUAGAAAAUAGAUUUAAAUGUUUAUAAUAUUUCUAGUAAUAAUGUUAAUAAUAAAGAAUCUAUUAUAUUAUUUAUUAAAGAAUAUAAAUAUUGAUUUGUAGAUACUUUUUAUAUGUUAAUCAAUUAUUUGUUUAUUAUUGGCAAUAGCAAUAUAUAAUAUAACUAAAAAUAUCAUAUUGAAAUGGUUAAUUGGAUUAUAUUUUUUAAUAUUUUCAAUUAUUGAUAUCUUAAUAAUUAAUGUACAUAUUAGUGAUAUGGAAUUAAUAUUUUAGGUAAGUCAAAUUACAUCAGUAUAUUUAAAUUUAUUCUAUUUGUAAAUAUAUAAUUAAUAAGACAGGAUAAAAUUAUCUAUUUUAUAUAUCUUAUUAAUUUUAAUAAACUUAAUAUAUAAUGAAUAUAUAUUGGAAAUCAUAUUCUUUUCAAUAAGUGUAUUUUUAUAAAGUAUUAUGAUAUAACAUAAAGAAUUAAAGAUAUUAGUUGAAAAUUAUUAAUGUUACUCUUAAUUUGAAUCUAAGAAUGCUAAGUAAACAUAGAUUUUAUAAUAUUUAUUACCUUAACAUAUAAUAGGAAGGUUCUUUUCAACAGAUGCAAAUACUUCAGAUAAUUUUAUAGAUGUAUUUGAAAAUUGUACAAUUCUCUUUGCUGAUAUUGCAGGUUUUACAAAAUAUUCAGGUUCAGUAGAACCAGAAUAAGUAGUUAAUAUGUUAAGAAUCUUGUUUUAAUAAUUUGAUGAAGAAUGUCAGAGAUUUCAAGUAUAUAAAUUAUAUACAAUUGGUGAUUGUUAUGUAUGUAUGGGUAUAAUUGAUGCUAAUAAUAGAGAUCCAGUUGGUGAGGUAAGUAUAUUAACUAUGAUAGGCAAUUAAUGUAGUAUUAUUUGGAUUGAAGAUGAUUUAAAUAAUACAGUAGAUUAAUAAGGAUCCAUAAUAUUAACAUUUAAAUAUGAGAAUAGGAGCACAUACAGGUAGAGUUAUUGGUGGAGUUGUUGGAACUGAUGUAGUUCGAUAUGAUAUUUAUGGAGAGGAUGUUACGACUGCCAAUAAGAUGGAAUCAAAGGGAUAAGAAGGAAAAAUUAUGGUAAGUUAGGCUACCAAAGAUUUAAUAGAAAGUGAUGAUGAAUGUGUUGGAAUCUUUGAUUUUGAAUUCGCUUAGGAUGUAUUCUUACCUUAAAAGAAUACAACAAUAUCAUCUUAUUUUGUGCAUUUUGAUUAAAAUAGUGAUGAACAAUGA